AUGCCGGAGGGCAGAGCAGGAGCCACGUUCGGAGAAGCCCUCGGAGACAGCACACAAGUCCAGAGCGCGGACCGCAUCAUUCACGCCAUCGACGGUCUGAGAAGAGCACAGGAUGACGACAAAAACCUCACGAAAGGGACCUUGAGUUCUAUCAAAGAGGCGGAGAAGAUGGACGUCUUCCUGGCACGAGGCUGUGGCACCCUGACCGUUGAACUCGCACCGGGAGUGUACGGGAAGGAACUUUUCCACGCGGGGAAAAGGGUGGCAAAUCACGCUCGCCAUAUGCUGCACUUGAUCAAAUGGCCGGUGCUGAUGACCAACAGGGUCCUACUUGGCAUCGCUGGUCUGUGGUGGGGUGGCAAAGACACCUAUACCUUGCACGCAAGUGACUGCGUUACCGCUCGGUCCGAGCAGUUGGACAGUUGGAAUCCGUCCUCCGACAACAAGAUCAAAAAUCGCAUGAGACCACCAGGAGUCUUCAACACUUGGCUCAGGUACGCGGAAAACUCAGUUCGCGUGUUUGGAUCCUGCUAUGGUACAGAGCAUAUCCAAGAAAGGCUCGAUUGUCUCCAAGCCCUGAAGAAGGCCCAUGAAGAAGACGAGCAUGCCUUCCCAGCUGCCUACUGCAUCGAGCUCUUUGAGGAACUUGUCGCGGCUUGGUGCGAAGAACUGCGAGAAAGCAGAAGGAAACUCUGCUCUCUGCUGGGGACCGAAAAUCCACGGCUUGAAGACCUGAAGCUGCUAGCUUUGGCGCCGGGAGCGGAUGGGCAAGCAAACUUCCAGUUUCCAAGCAUAUGGGAUCUGGGCGACCCGAACGGAUAUUACCAGACAGUUGUGGUACCCAGGCAGCAAAGGCAAAUGUCGAGGCUGCUCCACAAGCAGCUGCACGACCACAACCUCAAGCAGAAGAAGACAGCUGGUCCAGCUGAAGAUGAAGAGCCAAGGACAGGGAAAGCCCCAAAGCUUAACCUGAAAGACAAAGAGGCCGAUGGAUAUGCGGGCGGCAGCAUGAAAUCAGCCUACCCAGCUGGAAAACGGCUUGCACAAGGAGAAGCUUCACGGUCCGUGGAGCACGCACCUAAGGAUCCCAAGACCAACAAACCUAUCUGCUGGGAUGCGGCCACACACAUGGGAUGCACAAGAGGCGACAAGUGCCAGCACGCGCACGAGCCUUUGCCGGGAUUGGCCAAACUUGACUACACAGUUGCCAUGCAGGUCAUUCGAAGAGGAGGACUCAAAGGUGGGCCGAAAAUCGAUCCCAAAGAGGUCGACGGAAGGGUCGCUCAGCUGCGAACCCAGGCAGCGGCGGAUAAGGCCGACAAGAUCCAACCUAGCAAGAAAGCGAAAGUCAAGCCCAAGCCAAAGGCCAAAGCUGGGAAGGAAGCUGAGGGUAAAGCUGAAGAAGACAAGGCGGUUCAGGGCCCAGAUGAGGGCUGGCUGCGAAUACCCUCACAACCCACUGAGCAAGAAGCCGCUCCGGCUUGGGAUGACCAGAGCCAAGAGGAGCGGGAAAGGCUGAAACGAUGGAAGUCGCUGGAGGAGAAAGGGGUUCUGGCGGCCUUGGAGUCGCCCACGGAUUAUCUUAGGUCCCAUGUGAUUGCACGCAUGAUGGCAGCACAAGAUGAAGGAUAUGAACUGGAGCUGAACCGGUGUCUCGAAGAUGCGGCAGAACAUGGACAUCCCGCGCUCUCUAAGGAAGCCGGACGUCAACUUGAGCUCCUCAAGCACGAGCCAAAAGCGGGUCACCAAGCGGAUGUCGAAUUUACGCCCAUCACAUGGGACGAGGGUAUUGGUCAUGGCCUGUUGAACUUUCAAGGAAACUUGUCGCAUAUCGGCUCAGUCACGGUCCGUGACUACCAGGAUCGCUUGAACGCAAAAGACAGCGAGGUCCCACUGCAAGACGGGCAGUUGGAAGAAGAGCGCCAAUGCCUGCUUCUUCAUGUGGGUGUCGGGUUAGCGUUGGCCGAUGAUCCAUCUGUAGAACUACGAGAGGCCGUAGCCAGAGCCAACCAGUUGAGAAAACAUCUCUGGGAUGAAGCAGUGGAGGCUCACGCACACCUUGGCGAUCCGCCAGCGUGGAUACCUGAGGGCGAGCACUUCUUGCGUCAAAACGUCCAUGAUUGCCUCUAUCCUCACCACGAGAAAGACUACCGCGCCUUGCAAACCCUCACAGGAUCCAUGCUGCAAGGAUACACGUUGGCGGUCCUCAGGAUUUCCUAUUUUGGUCGGUUGGAGGUCGACUUGCUCCACGGAGAUGAUGCUGGCAAUGGGAAGCUAGUUUUCGUUACCAUCCACCGGGGGCAUAUGCGCCUGCUUCUUCCACAACAGCCCCAGCAGCUGUUGGAUCACCUGAGGACUGCAGACAAGGUCACCAGGGAACUUCAGGUUGAACAUUGGAGGGUGAUCUUGGACCAGAGCAAAGUGGAGGAUCAGAUGGUUCCAGCCAAGCCCCCCGCCUGCACAAGAUGCCAGCAACAGCAGCAAAGGCCUUAUCGUGUUGGUGAAGGAUUCCCGUUGCCACCGGCUUCAUUUGAGUCCUGCUUGCAGGAUGAUCCACAGGCUCUUCAAAACAGCGGUGUGCCUCUGCGAAAAAGGCUCGCCUUCGCCUAUGGGCCAAUUGGUCAAGAGGUGUACGCUGGAUGGGCAGGAUGGACCAAGGGGCUUCAGUACCAGGGGAUCCCGUGCGGAGAACCCAUUGAAUACUAUGAGGACCCGAUCGAGCAAAAGGGCUUUAAGCCGCAGCAUGAUACCCGUGACCCGAAGGUCCGAGAACGAUUGCUGGGAUUAGCUGGUGCUCCACCAGGGCCCGAUGUCCCCAACACUUGGCAGCUUGGAAUCGUUUGUACUUCCUUCUGCGACCACCAGCUGAAGAACGGUGGCAGCAGGACCUGGCAACGCCCACAAGGCGACGGCACUCGUCCCUCUGAAGUUCAAGGAAAUGAAGACGCAGAGUUCGCAGCCGAACUUUGUACGGUUCUGGCGGACAACGGAAGAGUCUUCGUAUUGGAGAGUAGCGCGCCGUCGGGAGUCGGCCCGACUCACCAGCACGCACCCUUGAAGGGACCCAGUCCAAUUCCUCAAGUACCUCUCACUCGACUGGCACAGCAAUACGCACCAGCUUUGUGUGCAGCCUGGGGUCUGGUAGUCCGAGCAGCCUUUGAAGAAUGGAGCUGGACAACAUAUCUGCAAGAGCACAGCGUGCUCAAAGCCCUAGAGAAAUGUUGGACCGAACUGGACGCACCCCCUUGGCCGGCUGAUCCAGCCAAUACGUUGGAGCGAACCCUUGGCCAACAUUUGGCACCGGUGGUUGCUGGCCAAGCGGAUGGACCAGGCCUCCCACAUGGCUACACCUGUUCAGGAUGCGAACUCCAACAGAUGGUCUACCCUUGUACGUUUUGUGGGGGGGAGGGGUCUGUUUCCGAUCCCGAAAAGCACGCCGAGGGGCAGGGCACAAGGGCAGGCAGCGUCGACGACGCCAAUGGCCAAAGCACUGCUGAGAAAUACUUGGAGGUAUGCCAGAGUGCUUACAGCAAGGAGGCAGUGAGAAAAGCCACAGAGGCAGGAAAUGCGUUGUUGAGGGCCGCCGGCUCGGUGCCAAGAGCAGCUGAAUUAGUCAACAAAGCGAGGCUGAGGAAGUAUGGGGAACACUUCCAGAAGGCAAAGGAAGGAGCAUUGAAAGGGCUCAGCCCCCUACACGAGCAAUACUUGAAAGACUGUGUGCUCAAGGGCGUGCCCAGCCGAGCUAAGAGUACCCCCAAGAGAGAGAAGGCCCGAAACCACGGCUCCGUCAGGGGGCACGAGGAAGAGAUGCUGCAGAAGGCAUGGAAAGAAGCAUCUUAUGGGGCGGUACUUCUGUGUUCCACAGAGACCGAGGACCAGGAAGAAAACCGGCAAAUCGACCAGAUACUGACCGAGAGCAAGGUGGCCGAGAGCCCUCUCGGCCGAGUGCCCAAGCAAAACCCCGACAGAACCAUCUCAGCGGAAGGUCGUCCCAUCAACGAUAUGCGAGCCAGGAGUGCUUCGGGCUCCAAAUACGACCACCCACCCGCCGCUCAGCCUAGGCACAGAGCAGUGGUCAGGCAAAGCCUUUGGUGGAGGGUGCGACACCCGAAGGUUCCACAGAGGUGUGCGAAACGCGAUGUGCCAAGGGCUUUCAAGUGGCACUUCCUCAAGCCGGGCGAUGUCCCUGAAUUCUGCACGAGGAUUCUAGGUGUGCUGAUCCUGAGUCUGGUGAUGGUGUUCGGUUGGGUAGGAGCGCCAGGGAGUUCGUGA